UUGAAACGGAGCGGUUCGCGAUGCCCCGAAAGAUGAUCGUUUUGUGGAUCCUGUUCGCGGCGACAGCCAGUGCUGGGGACAUCAAUCUGAGAUGCGACGAAUUCGAUCCGAUGAUCUACAUGGACGUGAACGAGGCCUUCUGCACGGUGACGGGCUUCAUGGUCACGCACAGCCAGAAUGUGGUGAUCAAGAACGUGCCCACGGGCAACAUGGUCAAGUUCAUGAAAUUCUACGAGUCGACGCUGCUCUACAUGCCCUUCCACCUGUUCGAGACCUUCCCGCACCUCAAGACCCUCGAUGUGUCCAGCACGAACAUCCUGGAGCUCACCCGGAACACCUUCAGUGCGGCCAGCAACCUGACGUAUCUGAACCUGAGCUACAACAACCUCACGUCCAUCCAGACAUCGGUGUUCAUUGGAGCCAACUCGCUGAUGAGGCUGGACCUGUCCUACAACGACAUCUCGACCCUCAGCGUGAACGCCUUCUGCGGCCUGCAGAUCAUCAACAAGCUGCUCCUCACGGGCAAUCGACUGCGGGAGCUGCAGAACGACAUCUUCAAGGACAACGAGUACCUGGAGAACGUCUCGUUCGAGGGGAACUUUCUCAGCUACAUCCGGCCGGAGGUGUUCAGCGGCAUGCGGCGCAUCAAGGAGGUGAAUCUGUCCAACAAUCAGCUGGUGCGCGUCCACCCGGACACCUUCUCGGAGGCCGCCAGCCUGGAGAGCCUCAUGCUGUCGUUCAACCAGCUGCAGAACUUCCAGCUCACCGCCAAGAGCAUCGUGCACCAGCUGCACCUGGACAACAACCAGCUGACGAACCUCACCAUCAACGCCACCCGCUUCGUGCGGGCCAGCCACAACGCCAUCUCCCAGCUGAUCCUGCACCAGUCCCUGCAGCUGGAGACCCUCGAGCUGAGCGCCAACCGCCUCCACAGCAUCGCCAACAUCACGAACCUCACCUCCCUGCUCUACCUGGACCUCUCCGACAAUCCCAUCGGACAGCUCAACAUCAGCACCUUUGCCCAGCUGAAGCGCCUCCGCAGCCUCAACCUGCGCGGCAAUGGCAUCCGGGAGCUCAAGUUCGGAAUGUUCUCCAAGCAGAAGUACCUCGAGGAGCUCGAUCUCUCCUUCAACAACAUGACCAGCCUCAACCUGGACAUGUUCGUGCCGUAUCUGGCCAACAUCAAGAAGUUCCUCGUGGACGGCAACGAGCUCAGCGAGCUGCAGGGCAAUCGCACCUUUGCCGACACCUUCCCGAUGCUCCAGAAGCUGGGAGUGUCCCGGAACCGCUUCAACUGCUCCUACCUGCACCGCCUGCUCAUCCCGCCCUCGCUGCCCGAAUCGGUGACCCUCAACAUCGAGCCGGACAGCAGCCUCGAGGAGACACCGCACAUCCGCGACGUCUCCUGCAUCAGCCAGUCCCAGCUGGCGCUCAACGCCUCCUUCUCCGCCGAGGAAACGGCCCUCGAGACGCACAUCCAGGCGCUGUCCAAGCAGCUCGAGCUCGUGGGCGCCCACUCCCAGAACCUGGAACUGCAUCUGGCCUUCAUGAAGGUCUUUGCCUACGUCCUCGGGGGCCUCGUUCUCGUGGGUCUGAUCGCUCUGGUCGCCCUCAAGUAUCUCAAGACUCGUCGCUCGGGGCGCUACAACCGCAGCAGCAUUGUCUUCCAUUCGAACGCCACGAUGGAUGCUAAUCUGACGCUGUGAAGGAUGCAAAACCCACUCUAGAUAUAGGAAUCUUAGGAUACAUAAGUCCCUCUCCUCCCCACUGAAAGAAUUCGCUGAAUAAAAUGCAACACGGAAGAGCAACAGAAUAAACCCUGAA